AUGAUAAUAUCGAUCCCGAUGUCCAGACAAAUGUUAGUGCCGCUGUCAGAAAGAAAGAAGAUUUUCCGGUCCAACAGAACAAACUACAAGGAAAAAAAGCUUAACAUAACAGCAGGAAAGGGCAUUUCAAUCCUAGAUUUGCAAAACGAACCAGUUGCAGGACCUAGUGGUGUUAAACAAAACAUUUCAAACCGCAACAAAAAACUAGAACAACAACUUCUAGUGAUUCAGAAAGCUCUGUUGCUAUGUCACUUCAAUCGGAGGGAGAGCCUGAUGAUGGCAUUGGAAGUGAGACUAAAUUCACACAAGAAAAUACAAGCGAAAGCACCACAUGCAAAGGAAGGAAUGAAAUAA